AUGCUUGGGUCGGGGCACCCAAUUCGCCCUGCUGUGAUGCAGUUUAUUCUCAACGAGCUGUGCCCAGCAGGACAUGACGCGCCAUCGGCGGGAUCACCUUCAGAGCUGCUCAAUCAACUGCAGGUUCCUUCGUUGAAGCUGCAGCAGAACCAGAAGUCCAGUCCAGCCUCGGCGUGCCGAUCACCCGAGGGGGGAUGCGCGACUUUUGAGACUAGUGACCUAGGUACAGCAGCGGACCGGCUUCCUGACGAGUCACCGGCAACCGGCCAAGGCACGAACACAGAGACCUUUGGGUGUGGUUCGGUCUGCUCCCUGACAAAGGGGCCGCAAGAAUAUGGGAGACAAUGGGAUUCGCGACCAACUCAAGGGACGGGCGUCUUUCACGCUCUGCGGAUGUUUGGAGGUGAUAUGAGCCCCGGUCAUGUAGAGUAUGAUGCUCUUGGAGGAGUGCUCCCUGGUGCAGUUUUGAGAGAGCUUCAGAUUGACGUCGCGGCGUUAGGGAACCAUGACAUAAAAUCCACGUGGACCCACCUGGAUGAUUUCAUGCGUGCAAAUGAAGGCCUCACGACGUUUGUGGCCACUAAUCUGCGCUUCGAGGAUGGCGAGUUGACACCAGGCAUAAAACCAUCCGGUGACGAUGAACGGGGGGCUGCCAUAAGCGCACCGACGCCAGGUAUGUUUCCUCAAGAAGGUUUACCCUCCCCAGUACAAGUAAGGGAUGGCCUCGCUGGAGCGAUGGAAGACGACGAAGAAGCGAGGCGAACUAAGGAUAAUGCGAGUUCUUCUGUCCGGCCGCGUUCUCAAUAUAUUGUGGAGUUCGCGUUGUGGGUGGCUGACCCGACUGGAGAAUCGCGAUUCUUCCCGCAGCCAGAUUUAGAAACAGACAAGCUACGAACACGUCUUCGCGGUCUAGGGUCCCCUGCUGCGGCAGUCUGUUUCCUCGGAGCAAUGACUGAAGAACUCUACUCGCUAGCGUCUCCUCCUCUGGGGGUGAGGAUACUAGGACCGAACGUCGCAGAAACCGUUCGUGCUACACUGAGUCGGUGCAGAGCAGCGUACAUGAAAUUGCGAGACCAGUUGCAGAAGGCGGAGUUAUCCCAGGGACUGCAAAUCUCACAGCCUCAGCAGGUUCGCACAACAAGGUGCAAUGAACAUGGCCAUCCACGUAUGCCGCACAAGGCCAAACUCCGCUCUUACCGUCAGGGGCAUGUCACAACAGCCAUACCUUGCAAAACUACGGAAGCAGAAGCGCGCGAGGAAAACAACAAAACCGGCGAAAUAUUGCGUGCCACCUCAGGAGAGAACAGGAAGCAUGUGAAUCAGCCUGAAGGGGAACAUGCAUUCAUCAGUAGACCCGAUUCCUUCGAGGGGUUAGGGAAAAGCAGGGAAUACGGUUGUCUUCUCGAGGUGAAGACCGGUUGCCACCCCACAGUGGUCCUCAUUUCGCAUCUCGGGUUCAGGGCAGAGAAAGAACUGGCAAAGGCUCUGGAGGGCGAGCUCGACUUAAUUUUUUCAGGUCACUCUCACACCAUCUUACCGGAUGACCAUUUCCCUACGUAUGUCCCCCUGACUGCAGGCGCUAGGAAUCCGCCGUCGAGCCCUGCCCUCGAUUGUAGCGGGGUCUACGGAGCAGCCACGAAAUACAGCUCGAGCGGGGAGGGGACUUCGUCGGGAGUUCACAGCAGUCAAGGUCGGGAGAAGCACGUAGGCUGCAAGGACACCGGCACCUUCAUAGUGACAAGCGGUUCUCACGGUAGGCGCGUGACAGUGGUUGAUCUACACUUUGCUCCAUAUCAUAGAGACAAGAAGAGAGGGGGCCUAUCCCAGCUAUCUAACCCUCUUUUCUCGUAUGUGGAUGUCGAUGCCACCCUCGCCGCCGCGGUGGAAUACCACAAGAAGUCGACGAACGCGACAAGUGCUAGUGUUUUCACGGAGAACAGGAAAUUCAGCGCUGGACUCCCCACACUCCCUGCAAGCCAGAUUCAAACAAAGAAGCCAGCCGUUCCGCAGCAACACACACAGUACGCGGCAAGCGGCUCUGCAGAUUUCGCUCAUCCACGCCGAUUUCCGCCAAAGUAUUCAAAUGCCCACUGCUCCCCGGAAUAUCGCUGUCGGCGGACGGCGCAAGACAUUCAGCCAGCUCGCUCGAUGGCGCCGAUUAAUGGUGUCCUCGCUACUGACUCGAACACAGAGCACGCGUGUUCGUCUGCUCCCUAUAGUUCACCAAUGCAGCAAGUUUUCGUUGUAUGCGAGCGUGUGCCCAGCGACUGCCCGCAUUUGUACCAUCUUCCGCUCUUCGGAUUGGCCGGAGCAAUGCAGUUCUCCCCGCGGGUGCACAAUGUUGACAAGAAAGUGCUGACAGGAAAAUCCACAAAGGUUGCAGAAGCGGUGGUGCUGACAUCCGGCGUCUCCUCGCCUGCUUCGCUCGCUCUUACGUUACCUGAGCGCCUCGACACCACACUGUGUUCGCUCCCUCUCACCACGAAGGUGAUGUGCCCCGUGCUGGCGUCCCUCCAUAGUUCGCUGACGCGCAGUGAGCGAACCGAUGAAUAUGUAGCUUUCGCCGGCGAACAAGGCAUAGAUGGGAGCUUUGAUAGCUGCAGAAGGUCUGAAUGCCCCAUGGGUCGCCUCAUCACAGAUGCCCUGAGGGUCGUCGUUCGAAAAGCUUUACGUGUUGACGUUUCCACUGAACUGCCGUUCGCAGAGAGAGAGAGACAAAGGGGAAGAGGAACGAAUCUCGCGAGAGCGAUUACUGGGGACUUUGUACCGAUGCCAGUUAAAGACAAUGCCUCCGGAAUAGGCGGUCGGCAGAUGGUAUGGCCACGUAAAAGAGGAGGGGCCAGCAGGGCCUGGAUUGCAACGAUUGCCUUACAGUCCUCAGGAAACAUUCGCAGCUCUUUCAAGGGAAGUCAAAAAAUAACCACAAAACACAUACGGGAAGUUCUCCCUUGGGACAACAAAGUGGAUGUCGUGGAGCUCACCAUCGAGGAUUUGCUGACCAUAUGGCAGCAUAGUCUUCAACGGCUAAUGAACAGCGGUCAAUGUAUUUUGGUCACAAAAGAGGCAGCAAAGUUCUUUCCUUAUCUGCGUUUGACUUCCGGGGACACAUUGACUGAGCCACAAGUCGCCAGUAAUCUGGCGCCACGACGCAAGCAUGUAGACAGAAGUCACUUUCUCCUUCCCAGCUGUCGGGCAGACGCGAAGGAGGAUGCAUUACAGUCUCCAUCAGUUAUUCAGAUGGCUGGCGCACGUAUCAUUGUCGAGUAUUCCGGAUCCGAGUCAAAGCAAGCGGCCGAACGGUUGUGGGCUGCAGCGGCCCGCGUCAAACUAUUUGUUCCUGUCGUGCCCCUCACGCUAGUAGAGCGGUCUGUCAAAAGGAAUUCCUCGAGUCAGUCUCCCCAAAACGAAGACUGGAGUAACGAGGAAUUCGAGGAGGAGGAUUUCUGGGUAGUCACAGAGACCGAUGCGGGUAGUCAGAUUCCAAGAAGGGGAGACGCGCAGAUGUGUGGCUCGAGUUGCAAGUUUCCAUUGCACGUUUCGAAAGCAGGCUACUCAAAGAAAGGUGACGUUCUCAGGCGGUCUGUGGCAAACUCGGUGGGCGUGCCCGUAGAGCGUAUCUUCAUUCCCAAGGCAAAGGACACGCAGGAGCGCAGCGCUUGGUCCGUCGACCUUCUGCCUAUCUUUGUUCGGCGCGCUGGACAUGGCGGAAGUUAUAUGAUGAAUUCCACUCACCUAGAGCAGUUAACAAUUGUGGCUGAAAACGUCGUCUUUAUUGGAGUCCUAGAUAGCUUCCUUUCCCGUGGUGGAGAUGGUCUGGUAGUUGACGACGCGGAUCACCGAUUCCAUCUUACACGCGUGGAAAUUGUCGAUGAAGACAUGCGCCCGCCUGUCGAACAGCCACUGCAGGGAGUCAGUGGCCAGAUGCCAAGCGACAACGCGCAUAGUGUUUUAGAGGCGACAAGGCAACCAGCGGGGCAAUGGCUUGCAGGCAAUAGUGGUGAUAGUGGUCAGCCUAUUCUGUCCGAACGGGGAUAUUCAGUGAAGGUUCUUCGACGCAUCUCAGAGAUGACUGUGACAGAGGCAUUGACAGAGUUUCUGAGAAUGCGCCUUGGAAAGGCCGUGCUUCCCAGCUCCCGGCAGAGAGCUAUGGUUCGUAUUUUUCCGUCGGCACAGCUUCCUCACGGGAGAGGGAGGGGCUCCUGA